AUGCCUGGCGUCCGCGACAUCUCCGCUGAGGACUUCAUCAAGGCCUACUCGGCCCACCUUAAGCGCUCGGGCAAGCUCGAGAUCCCCACCUGGGUUGACAUUGUCAAGACUGGUCCCCAGAAGGAGCUCGCGCCCUACGACCCGGACUGGUUCUACGUCCGUGCCGCUGCCAUCGCCCGCCACAUCUACCUCCGCAAGCACGUCGGCGUCGGCGCGCUUGCCAAGCUCCACGGCACCAAGCACCGCCGCGGAGUCCGCCCCGGCCACCACCGCGACUCGGCCACUGGUGUCGAGCGCAACGUUGUUCAGGCUCUCGAGAAGAUCGGUGUUCUUGAAGGCCACCCCAACGGUGGCCGCAAGAUCUCGCAGGACGGCAUGCGCGACCUCGACCGCAUCGCCACCGCUGUCCUCGAGACCCAGCGUGACGAGGAGGAGGAGGAGGCGGAGUCUGAGAGCGACUCGGACUCGGACUCGGACUCGGACGACAGCGACUAG